AUGACUACGUCGUCAACAAGUACAAGUACUACAGCUAAUUGUGUUUCACCAUUCGGUCGUUGUGUUCACGUGUUAAUUGAUAUAAAUAAUUGUGGUACAAAUGAUCAUAAUUGCUCGGCGUCCAUUUAUACAAGUGGUUCAGCUGGUACUUGUAGUAAUGCGCCUGGUAUUCAAUUAGCUAACAGCAAUUAUGCUUGGACAGCUGACAUCCAUGGACAAGUCGAUGAGAAUUUUUAUGGUGUUACACUUCCCUGA